AAUCUCAACUUUAUCUCUUCCACAUUAAAUGACGAAACAUAAAUGCCAACAAUAAGAUUUCACUACAUGUCAUUCCAACGCCAUGCAUGAUAACACAGACACAGUUUCACAGCCAACUAUGUGAAUGAAACUCUUUUCUGCUACUACACGUCUUUCUCUUCUCACAAUCCAAGAACAACCAACCACCACCGCAUUCCAAACUCUUCAACCACCAUAUUCAAUUUUCUUUAUUUUUUUAUACUACUAUUUCUUGCAACCAAAGAUUUAUUCAUGUUUUCUAAAUUUGUAAAAAAAAAUUCAAACUAGAAAACUGCACCAGAAUAGCAUCAAAAAAUGAAAAAAUUGAAACUUUUUCACUUGUGCUUCUUCUCUUGUGUUCUAUUAGUCCUUUGCAAUGGUUUAAACAAUGGAAUAACUCAAAUAAGUACUUUGAAAGUGCUUUUGGAGGUGAAAUCAUCUUUUUUGAAAGACCCUGAAAAUGUUUUGAUUGAUUGGUCAGAGAACAACACUGAUUACUGUAGUUGGAGAGGUGUUUCAUGUGAAUUGAUCAAAAAGUUGAAUUCAAAUGACUCGGUGCAUGCUGUAGUUGGACUCAACCUAUCCAACUCGUCACUCACUGGGUCAAUAUCACCUUCACUCGGUCAUUUACAAAACCUACUCUACCUUGAUCUUUCAUCAAACAAUCUUGUGGGUCCCAUUCCACCUUCUCUUUCCAACCUCACCAAAUUAGAAUCUUUGCUUCUCUUUUCAAACCAACUAAAGGGUCAAAUUCCCACCGAGUUAGGCUCGUUAACGAGUCUCCGAGUUUUGCGACUCGGUGACAAUGAACUCAGUGGUUCAAUUCCCGCUUCGUUCGGCAAUUUGGUCAACCUUGUUAUCCUUGGUUUAGCUUCAUGCAGACUCACGGGGUUAAUUCCGAGUCAACUCGGUCGACUCAGUGAGUUGGAGAACAUGAUUCUUCAAGACAACGAGUUAACAGGUCCGAUUCCGUCCGAGUUAGGUAACUGUUCAAGCCUCAUCAAAUUCUCUGCAGCUGAAAACAAACUCAAUGGAACAAUCCCGAGUCAACUGAGUCAACUCAGAAACCUCCAAGUUCUCAACUUUGCAAACAACAGCUUAAUAGGGGAGAUACCGGGUCAAUUCGGUCAAAUGAGUGAGCUUCUUUAUCUCAAUUUAAUGGGAAACAAACUCGAGGGUCACAUUCCAAUGUCUCUAUCUCAAAUGGGCAAGCUUCAAAAUCUCGACUUGUCAAUGAACAAACUCAGUGGAGGGAUUCCAGAAAAUUUCAGCAUCAUGGGUCAGUUGAAAUACAUGGUUCUUUCUGGUAACCCAUUAUAUGGAAAAAUUCCAAAAACUUUAUGUUCCAAUGCUACAAAUUUGGAGCAAUUAAUUAUAUCAAUGUGUGGACUUUGUGGUGAGAUUCCAAUUGAGUUGAGUGAAUGUAAAUCAUUGAAGCAACUUGAUUUAUCAAACAAUUCAUUCAAUGGUUCAAUACCUAUUGAGAUUUAUAGUUUAUUGGGUUUAACUGAACUUUUGCUUCACAACAAUAGUUUGGUUGGUUCAAUUUCACCUUUCAUAGGUAACUUAACAAACAUGCAAACACUUGCAUUGUAUCAUAACAAGUUGCAGGGUACUCUGCCUAAAGAGAUUGGAAGGCUUGGAAAAUUGGAAACUUUUUAUCUUUAUGAUAAUCAAUUUUCUGGAAAAAUUCCUAUGGAGAUUGGUAAUUGUUCAAAUUUGCAAAAGGUUGAUUUAUUUGGUAACCAUUUUAGUGGAAGAAUUCCAAUUACUAUUGGAAGGCUUAAAGAGUUGAAUUUUCUUCACCUUAGACAGAAUGAGCUUGUUGGUGAGAUUCCAGCUACACUUGGUAAUUGUCAUAAAUUGAAUGUGCUUGAUUUGGCAGAUAAUAAUCUCUCUGGUGGAAUUCCUGCAACAUUUGGUUUCCUUAAAGACUUGCAGCAGUUCAUGCUUUACAACAAUUCUCUUGAAGGUAGUCUUCCUCACCAAAUGGUAAAUAUAGCAAAUUUGACUAGAGUUAAUCUUUCAAAGAAUAGACUUAAUGGAAGUUUGGUUCCAUUGUGUAGCUCUAGGUUGUUUCUUUCUUUUGAUGUCACAGGUAAUGAAUUUGAUGGUAAAAUUCCUUCACGGUUGGGAAAUUCAGUGUCCCUUGAGAGGCUUAGAUUAGGAGGUAACAAAUUUUCUGGUGAAAUUCCAAGGACAUUGGGAAAAAUUGUCGGAUUGUCGUUGUUAGACUUAUCAGGAAAUUCACUCAUAGGACCAAUACCAAGUGAACUAUCUUUGUGUAGUAAACUAGCCUUCAUUCAUUUAAACAAUAACCUUCUUUUUGGACACAUUCCAUCAUGGUUAGGAAAUUUGCCUAAGUUAGGAGAUCUUAAUCUUGCAUUUAAUCAAUUUUUUGGUCCUAUUCCAUUAGGCCUAUUCAAAUUACCUAUGUUGUUGGUUCUUUCAUUGAACAACAAUUCCCUUAAUGGAAGUCUCUCAAAUGAUAUUGGUGAUCUUCAAUCCCUUAAUGUUCUUAGACUUGACCAUAAUAAUUUUUCUGGACCAAUUCCUAUUGCCAUAGGUAAGUUGAGAAAUCUUUAUGAGCUUACUCUCUCUCGAAAUGUGUUUAGUGGAAACAUACCAAUUGAGAUUGGAAAUCUUCAAAAUCUUCAAAUCGUUUUAGACCUCAGUUACAAUAAUCUCUCUGGUCAGCUUCCAUCUUCUCUUGGCACGUUGGCGAAAUUGGAAUCACUCGAUCUAUCUCACAAUCAACUUAAUGGAGAAGUUCCUUCACUCAUCGCCGAAAUGCUUAGUUUGGAAAAGCUUGAUAUUUCUUACAAUAAUUUUCAAGGUGCAUUGGAUAAGCGGUUCUCCCGCUGGCCAAACGAAACGUUUGAAGGGAAUAUCCGUCUCUGUGGAGCCUCUCUUGGGAGAUGCAGCCGCAGCCGUGCUUUCCGCAAUAAGCUUUCAGGGUUAAAUGAGACAUCGAUCAUUAUAAUCUCAGCCAUUUCAACUCUAGCUGCAAUUGCACUAAUGGUUCUUGCUGUAAAAAUCUUCUUGAGAAAUAGGCAAGAUUUUUCAAAGAAAGGCAAUGAAGUUGGCUGGUUUUUCUCCUCGUCUUCGUCGCAAGCACAGAAACGGCUCUUGUUCCCUCUAAGUACUACAGCUGGAAAUCGCGAUUUCAGGUGGGAAGACAUCAUGGAAGCUACAAACAAUUUGAGUGAUGAGUUCAUAAUUGGUGCUGGAGGUUCCGGAACAGUCUACCGGGUCGAAUUUGCUACCGGUGAAACUUUUGCUGUCAAGAAAAUUUCAUUGAAAGAUGAAUAUCUUUUCCAUAAAAGCUUUAUAAGAGAAGUGAAGACUUUAGGGAGGAUUAAGCAUAGACAUUUGGUGAAACUGGUUGGUUGUUGUAGCAAUAGAAACAAAGGAACAGGUUGGAAUUUUUUGAUAUAUGAGUUUAUGGAGAAUGGAAGUGUGUGGGAUUGGUUACAUAAAAAACCUCUUAAAGCAAAGAGAAGUCUUGAUUGGGAAACAAGGUUCAAAAUUGCUUUGGGUUUAGCUCAAGGAGUGGAGUACCUUCAUCAUGAUUGUGUGCCAAAGAUCAUUCAUAGGGACAUCAAAUCAAGCAAUGUGUUGUUGGAUUCUAAAAUGGAUGCACACUUAGGAGAUUUUGGAUUGGCUAAAGCACUCAUUGAGAAUCAUGACUCUAAUACUGAGUCUACUUCUUGUUUUGCAGGAUCUUAUGGUUACAUAGCCCCAGAGUUUGGAUACUCAUUGAAGGCAACAGAAAAGAGUGACAUUUACAGCAUGGGAAUUGUGCUAAUGGAACUUAUUACUGGUAAAAUGCCAACUGAUGCAGCAUUUAGAGGAGGCAUAGACAUGGUGAAAUGGGUGGAGAUGCACAUUAACAUGAAAGAAACUGAACGUGAAGAAGUGAUAGAUCCUGAACUCAAACCCCUUUUACCUUUUGAAGAGUUUGCUGCAUUUCAAGUGCUUGAGAUAGCAUUACAGUGUACCAAAACUACACCACUUGAGAGGCCAUCAUCAAGGCAAGUAUGUGAUCUUCUUCUACAUGUUUCCAAGAACAAAAAGCUGGAUUUUGAGAAGAUGAAAUUGAAUCAUUAGUACAAUUGAAGAUGGAUUUUGCUUUGCUGGCUUUUAUUUUUAAUGUUCUUGUUCUUGAUUGAUAUUAGUGAUUUUGGCACUUCAAUUUGUAUGUUUUGUUCCAUUGCUACUUUAAUGUGGAGAUUUAUGAAUUGAAAGAUGAUUUGAUAUUGCAAAUUUUCCAUUUUGUCUUUUGCUAAUA